AUCGGACCCAGGAGCUGCGGAGUGCGAAAGACAGUGACGAUGAGGAGGAGGUGGUCCACGUGGACCGAGACCAUUUUAUGGAUGAGUUCUUUGAGCAGGUGGAGGAGAUCCGGGGCUGCAUUGAGAAGCUGUCGGAGGAUGUGGAACAGGUGAAAAAACAGCACAGUGCCAUCCUGGCCGCCCCCAACCCAGAUGAGAAGACCAAACAGGAGCUGGAGGACCUCACCGCAGACAUCAAGAAGACGGCCAAUAAGGUUCGGUCUAAGUUGAAAGCGAUCGAGCAGAGCAUUGAACAGGAGGAAGGCCUGAACCGCUCCUCUGCCGACCUCCGCAUCCGCAAGACCCAGCACUCCACACUCUCCCGCAAGUUCGUGGAGGUCAUGACCGAAUACAAUGCGACCCAGUCCAAGUACCGGGACCGCUGCAAGGACCGGAUCCAGCGGCAGCUGGAGAUCACCGGAAGGACGACGACCAACGAAGAGCUGGAAGACAUGCUGGAGAGCGGCAAGCUGGCCAUCUUCACGGACGACAUCAAAAUGGACUCGCAGAUGACCAAGCAGGCGCUGAACGAGAUCGAGACGCGGCACAACGAGAUCAUCAAACUGGAGACCAGCAUCCGCGAGCUGCAUGACAUGUUUGUGGACAUGGCCAUGCUGGUGGAGAGCCAGGGCGAGAUGAUUGACCGGAUUGAGUACAACGUGGAACACUCUGUGGACUACGUGGAGCGAGCCGUGUCAGACACCAAGAAAGCUGUGAAAUAUCAGAGCAAGGCCCGGAGGAAGAAAAUUAUGAUCAUCAUUUGCUGUGUGGUGCUGGGGGUAGUCUUGGCGUCAUCCAUUGGGGGGACGCUGGGCUUGUAGACCCACCACCCCUCCACCCCGUCUCUCCCAGACCCUUCCCCCACCACAUUGGGAGCAAUACCCCCACCACCCCUUUGACUCCAUCCCCUGCUCCAGGCUCACCCCAAGACUGACCCAGGCAGCCCCACCCCUUCCCCCACCCCCACGUCAGACCCUGGAGUUCCUGGUCCUCGCCCUGGUUCUCCCCCUGGCGUGGGCCACCCUUCCUAUUCCCCACCCCCGCACGUAGAUAGCAGCAGGCGUGAUUACACAUGCACACCAACAUGCAUGCCGCCAGCACAUGCUUGAGACGUGUGACACUCCGUGUGUGUGUGUGUGUGUGUGUGUGUGUGUGUGUGUACAUGUGUAGAUGCCCCAGAUUGCCUCUCCUGCCCCAUCUCCAGUCUGUGUGUGGCCUGAAACACGCUGCCCCCCCUUCCCACCCACCCCGGGUGUUUGUUGUAUAGACUGCAGUCCAGUACAACCCGGCAGCCCGCCGAGUCCAUUCUGCCUUCUGUGUGCGUGCGCGGAGACCCAUGUACGUGGAAAUGCGUGUGAACUUGAACACAACAGCAAUUCUUCCAGUGCACCCCUCCCUCCCCACCCCUGCCUGCUGUACUUGGGACAGGUGUGUGGUCAGAUACUACCCCCUCCUCUCUUCGAGGAUCCACAUGCCCACAGGCCUUGGGGGACACCCAGAAUGAAGUGGAACAAACUUUUCCUGGCUGUUAUGAGAUGUGCGUGUGCGUGUGUGUGUGUGUGUGUGUGUGUGUUCCCUCGGUGCCAGGCGACCUCUGCUAGCUCCGUCUGUGUAUAUGUGUGCAUCCCCAACAGGUGACAGCAAGCCCAGUGCGAGCACUGAUAGGUCAUCCCUUCCCUGCUGCGUUCUGGACCCGUUUUGGGGCGGGUCCAGAUACAGAUCCAUGCAUCCCUGUGCUAUCUAGAAUAGGUCAGUGUGAAUGUGUAUGGGGAGGGGACUUUCUAAAUAGUGUGUUUCUGUCCCACCCAGGUUUGUAGACCUCUAUGUCCCUGCCCUGCCCUGAGAACUGCCUCCUGGUGUGUGGUUGGGAGCGCAUCCCCUAAUUCUUUGAUGUUGGGCAGCUGGGGCUCCCCCUGCCUGCCCUUAUGGGUCCCCUGGGGCUCCUGCAGCAUGCCAAGUCCAGGUCUCCCUGGGUCUCUGCCGGUAGACAGGUUGGUGCCACGAGAGCCAGUAGGCCUCAGUGUCCCCAUGCAGGCUGAGGCCAGGAGGGCCUGUGAAGACGACCCCCCCCCCCAGGCCCCACAUACCUGCUGGAGCCCCAAAGCAUCAUUGAAUUGGCCGGGUGGGCAGCUACAGGUCCAUGCCCAGGUGCCCAGCCAUGUCUCCUGGAGGGGAUUUUUUUUCUGGGAGUGGCACUGAUAAAACCAGUGGGAAGGGAGAAGGAAGAUCAGCGCAUGACCCCUUCCUGUCUGACACACACACACACACACACACACACACACACACACACACACACACACACACACACACACACACACACACACACACACAUCCCACCCCCACCCCACCCCAACCUGGGCGAGGCCCUUGGGGAAACUUGGGUUUGGAGCUGGGUUGGUUGGUUGGUUGGUUUUUCAGACAUACUGGAGUGGCAGGGGCCACCUAGGGCAGGCUAGUCCUGUGCUCUGGACACCUAUCCUGCUGAAGUGACACUAAAUGCCUCUUCUACCAGGCUGUGGCUGAGGUUGGGACUGGGGCUGAGGUUGGGGCUGAGGCUGGGGCUGGGGCUGGGGCCUGGGUUUCUGAUCGGGGAGGGCAGGGCCAGCGUUCCCUCCUAGUGAAGCCAGGCAUGCACGUGCUCACCUUGUGCGGCUAACCAGUCUGUUUUGUUAGCAGAUAGGAGGUACAUGGGGCAGAGGGCACUGCUAGAAGCCCUCCAUUCCGUGCCAGGAACAUGGACUCUCAGGUGGAUGGACACAGGGGGUGGGUGUGCUUGUGUGAAAAGCAGGGACUUGGGGGAGUGUGUGUGUGUGUGUGUGUGUGUGUGUGUGUGUGCCGUAUUUCCCAGGAUCUCUUUAUCACGGGGAAAGCUCGUGUGGCUGUGAACACAGAUAAAUGAUUUCCCAGAACUUGAAGCACCUCCCCACCCUCACCUCACCUCCAGACCUCCUCUGCCCUCUCGCUCCCCUGCUCUGGCCUGGGAGAGUCAGUGUGGCUGUACAAGUGAAACCCCCCCCAGCUUGGCUGCCCUGUGGGGAGCCUGCCUGUCCAUACCCACAAUGCCCUUCUGAGGACAGGAAGUGUGCCCUGCCCUCCCUCCUAUCUCAGGCUCCCAUGAGGAUGUUAGAAUGGGCCCCAGCACCUGCCCCUUCACCUUUCUUCCCCGUCACCCUUCAGGCCUGGUGUUUGCACAAGUCCCACAGCCUUGGGCCGGGGCCGUGUCCUGGAGUGGCAUCCGGGCCUCGGUUGGCCUAGGGCCCGCCCCCCGGGCCUGCUCUGCCCUAUUUGUUCUGAGUCCCACCUGCCCUGCGGCCGGCGUGUUUGCUUGGUGACUGCUGUGUGCACAUCCUGGGGUACUGUCUGGUGGCUGGGUCUUCUGCAUGUUCUCGGACGACCGUGUGCUCUCCCCCCUCCACCUGUGCCCCGUGGGUGGUCCUGGGCCUGGCCAGAGCUCUCCGCUCCCCUCACCCACUCACCCCAGCCCUGCCUCACACAAAGCACACUGCCGUGAGCCCAUCCCACCUGCCCAUGGGCUGACGCACGCUCUUGCCAUGCCUUGAGCGUGACCAUAUGAUGUGUUCUAUGCAUUCACCCUGCCUCCUCCCAGCCCCCUCCCCCAGGGGACAAGAUGGGUGCCCCCCCCACCCCCGUUCCUCCUGCCCACCCCUUGCCUGCUGUGCAGCUGUGUGUGUUGGUGUGUGUUCCCGUGUCGCUGGCGUGUCACGUGAUGUAGCCUUGUUUGCUGACAUGAGCCCCCUGCCCCCCACCCCUCUAUUGGUUUUUAGAGCUGUCCCCCUCCCUUCCCCGGAAGGGACAGGCCUCCUGGGGCCUGGCUGGGGGCCCAGGGCCAGGCCACUCUUCCUGUUAGCCCCCAGAGCCCCAUUUCUCUCUAUUGGUGACCAAGUUGCAAACAAAUCAAACACAGGAAAAUUCUGCCUGCCCCCCUCCCCGCCCCACAGCCCUGCAUGUCCUGUCCCCAGAGACCCUCACCCCCACCCUGGGCCAGGUUGAGCCCCUCGGGAUGGGAGAAAUAGCAACCAAUCCAACAGUG